CAACCAAACCAUCCCACUGCCCAGGCACCACAUUCAGCCAUGGAUGCUCCGGCUACCAGGGCGGCUCUGCAACAGCAGUGGAGGUGGGAACUGAAUUCCACAAACAUCAUGCUGAACGUGCGCUUCGCAGGCUAUAUCGGACAUUUUCAGACACUGGAACAGAGGAAUGCCCAACUGCAGGUGGAACUGGAUGAUCUGAAGGGCAGAUACAAGGGAGGGCCCAGCGGCAUCGGGGAAGAGUACAGGCUCAAACUCAAGGAAAUAAGGGAUCUGAUUGAGGCACUGACCCAGGAGAAGGGUCGAGGUGGACAUCGAGAGGGGCUACAUCGAGGAGGAGGUGGAGGAGCUGGCUCUGUGGGACGAGGCGGAGAUGAUCCUGACGGAGUUCCAGCAGAAUGUGGACAACACCAUGCUGCAGAGGGCCGACCUGGAGUGGCGCGUAGAGAAGCUGAUGGCCGAGAUCCAAUUCCUCAAGAAGCUCCAUGACAAGGAGGUGGCCGACCUCCUCAAGUAG